AUGUCUAGAGAGCUAGUCUUAAUUCCCACGGAAAAAUCAUGCAUUUAUCUUGAAGGAGCUGGUAGAACCUUAACAAGUAUAGAAUGGAGUACACAUAUCAAUGUUACCUUCCAAUCAAAAGCAAAUUACACAGUUGCAAAGGGCAUUACUUUCACGAAUACAUACAACAAUCCAGUAUUAUUAGAUGUCAAUAACAUCACGCAAGCCAAAGCUGCUCGAAUAAGUGGAGAUAAAUGUGCUUUCUUUGAUUGUGGUUUUCUAGGGGUGCAAGACACUUUAUAUGAUGAUGAUGGUCGCCAUUAUUAUCAUAAUUGUUACAUUCAAGGUGGAACUGAUUUCAUUUAUGGGAAUGGUCAAUCACUCUUUGAGGCAAGUACAAUAUUUUUUUCAAUGGGAAAAUAUGGUCCCAAAAGAGAUGGGGUUAUUACAGCACAACAAAGGAAUUCACCAAAUGAUACAAGUGGGUUUGUGUUUAAAAAUUGUAACAUAAGUGGAACAGGAGGAAAAACUCAACUUGGAAGGGCUCUGAAUGCAUAUGCAAGAGUCAUUAUAACUGAUUCAUACCUUUCAGAUGUGAUUAGACCUGAGGGUUGGAGUUCUGUAACCUUUGUUGGCCAUGAGUAA